CACAAAAUCAUCAAAAGAGAAAUGAAGACUACAAGUUUUUCAUUGCUCUCACUUCUUAUUGUUUCUCUAUUCUCAAUUUCAUGGGUAGUUUCAGCUGAUUCCCAUGAAGAUUUUCUUCAAUGUCUUUCUCUUCAUUCUCAAAACUCCUCAUCCAUCUCCAAAGUCAUCUACACUGCAAACAACUCUUCAUAUUCAUCCAUUUUGCAGUUCUCUAUACAAAACCUGCGAUUCAAUUCAUCUGAAACCCCUAAACCUCUAGUCAUUGUCACACCAACCCAUGAGUCUCACAUUCAAACAACCAUAUAUUGUUCCAAAAAUCAUGGCAUGCAGAUAAGAGUCCGAAGUGGUGGACACGAUUACGAGGGCCUUUCCUAUGUUUCUCUAAUCCCAUUUGUCAUAAUUGAUCUGAUAAACCUCAAUUCAAUCACUGUGGACACUGAGAACAACACUGCAUGGGUUGAAACUGGUGCAACCGUUGGCGAACUUUACUAUAGAAUUGCUGAGAAAAGCAGAACACUUGCCUUCCCUGCAGGUUUUGGCCAUACUGUGGGUGUCGGUGGACAAUUCAGUGGUGGAGGGUACGGCAUGAUGUUGCGUAAACAUGGCUUGGCUGCAGACCAAGUCAUUGAUGCUCGUAUAAUCGAUGUCAAUGGCAGAAUUCUCGACAGAGAAUCGAUGGGGGAGGACCUCUUCUGGGCCAUCAGAGGAGGCGGGGGUGCUAGUUUUGGUGUCAUUCUUGCAUGGAAAAUAAAUUUGGUUCCUGUUCCAUCAACUGUGACUGUUUCCGCAGUCCCCAGGACAUUGGAACAAAAUGCAACCAAGCUUGUCCAUAGGUGGCAAUCCAUUGCACACAAGUUUGAUGAAAACCUAGUGGUCAGAGUCCACAUAACAAGAGUGAACACAACCUAUCAAGGCCAAAACAGAACAACAAUACAAGCUUCAUUCGACUCAUUGUACCUUGGUGGAGCUGAUGAACUCAUUCAAUUGAUGCAAGAGAGCUUCCCUGAGCUGGGAUUGGUGAAACAAGACUGUAUCGAAAUGAGCUGGGUCGAAUCAACCCUAUAUUUUGCUGGUUUCACAAGUGGAGAGUCCCUUGAUGUUCUGUUAAACAGGACUAAUCCGUACAAAGGAUACUUCAAAGGAAAAUCAGACUAUGUGAAGGAGCCAAUUUCGGAAAAAGGGCUCGAAGGGAUUUGGGAAAGGUUUUAUGAAGAAGAAGCCGCGUUGGCUCAGCUGUUCAUGGUCCCAUAUGGUGGAAAAAUGGAUGAAAUUGCUGAAUCUGCAAUUCCUUUCCCACAUAGAGCUGGGAAUUUAUACAAAAUUAUGGAAUGGGUGAGUUGGGUUGAAGAGGGGACAGAGGCUUCUGAGAGGCAUGUGAGUUGGAGCAGAAGGCUUUAUAGGUACCUGACUCCUUAUGUUUCCAAGAAUCCAAGAAGUGCAUAUAUCAACUACAGAGACCUUGACAUAGGAGUGAAUAAUAAAGGCAACACAAGCUAUACACAAGCAAGCAUUUGGGGUAUCAAGUAUUUCAAGGGUAACUUCAAUAGAUUGGUACAUGUGAAGACCAUGGUUGAUCCUGCUAAUUUCUUCAGAAAUGAACAGAGCAUUCCAGCUUUGUCAUCAUGGGGGAAGAAGAAAAAGUGAGGUGUUUAUAUAUAUACUUUGGCAAAAUAUCAUAUAAUUAGUAUACAAAUUGAUUUUUUUUUGUUAACAUAAAUAAAGUGGUCCUCAGUAUAAGGAUUAUGUUCAUUUUUUUUUUCUUUCCUUUCUUUCUUUUCGGUAAAUAAAGUAUAGUCUUGCCUAAUAAAAAGUUUUCCUUCUUAUAACUGUCUCUCUCUCUCAUAAAAGAAGAUUGUCUGGCAAAUGAAAGUUGCAUAAAUGAAAGAAAUCAAUGUUAAAAUAAAUUCCAGG